UGUAUUUUUCUCAGUCUGUCAACGAUUCAAUGACAAUUCACUUACCGGGGUUUUUGUUAGACACGUGAAUUGUUUUUGUUCGUUUGCAAACAUUGACGAAAUUUACAACAAACUUCAUUUGCAAUUUCAUACCAAGAAUUGUCAAUCAAAAUGAUGAACUAUCGAAAAGGACGCAAUGUUGAAGAAGAAUUAACACGAAACGAUAUUCAAAUUGAAAAUUUACCUGAAGAUUUUCUCUGGAUGCAUGUAAAGGGUGGAACGACCGUAUCAAAUGUGAUCGAAUUUGCAAAUAAGGCUCUUCAGUCUGGUGAACAUCGCUCAAUUGUUUGGACUGGCUAUGGAGGUGGCGUUGGAAAAACGAUAUCAUGCGCUGAAAUACUAAAAAGGGAUUUCACAUUACAUCAAGUUACCAGAUUAUGUUAUAAAACAAAUGAAGAAUAUUGGGACCCAAUAUUGGAUGGUUUAGAGCCGAUUGUCGUAAAACGAAAUAUUCCAUGCGUUCACAUUUUAAUGUCAUUAGAUGAAAUUGAUCCAAAAACUCCCGGAUAUCAGUUUUCAAAAAAUAGGACAACAUUUUGGGUGGAGUCUAGUCAUCCAACAUCAAAUCGACGUGAGCCACACGGCAAUCAAUUUAAAGGAAAUAAAUCCGAUGUAUCAUCAAAUCCGGCGGCAACCAAUCGAAAUCAAUCAAAAUCGAAAAGGCCAAAUCGGAAACCGAAAGGAAACUCUAAUCAGAUGGAAGUUGAUUAAUUUAUGUUAUGAAUAGCAUUGUUAAAUUUAUUUUUAAGAAAAAAAAAGAGUAAAAUAAAUGUUAAAUUCUUCAUCUUUUACCAUUUAA